CCAAGUUGAGUCGACAGCACGACUUGUUUCCACGUCGGACACAAUUGCCUGCGUUUUUCACGACCAUUAAUGAAUGGAGCGCGAACGGAUCGGCUGAGGAGAAGAGUACCGGGGAUUUCUUUUCUUUUUUUUCUUUUUUCUUUCGUUUUUUUUUCUUAGCCUUUCACGUGACUGUUAUUUGCAGAAGAAUUUGGACGAGGGGGGAAUCCUGAAGUGAACAAAAUACAACAAAUCUUAAUUGCUUACUUUUGGACGUUUUGAAAUGUUUUGCUGCAGCACCUUUGAUUGGAUUUAACUAGUCGAACACACGUCCUCUUAUAUAAAUAUAUAUAUAGAUAUAUAUAUCUAUAUAUAUAUAGAUAUAUAUAUAAAUAUAUACAUAAAAAAAGUUUUGACAACUCUGAUACUUAAGCCCCCUUUUGUGUGUUCAGGGGCCAAGUGGGCACCAUGGCUUUCCUUCACUUGCUUCUUUGUGCCGGAAUGUUUUCAGUGCCACUCGGUGGAGCCUACCGCGGACCCCUGUUCCCAGAGAUGUCCAACGGUACUUUCCAUCACUACUUCGUCCCCGACGGCGACUACGAGGAUAACGACGACCCGGAGAAAUGCCAGAUGCUGUUCAAGAUGAACGACGAGCGAAAGUGCAGCGUCGAAGAGGAUCAGGAGUCCGCCAUACGCGACGACUUCACCAUCAUCAAACGGCAGAUCGAGGACUCGGCCCGGGUGCUCGAAGGGAUCGGCAAGAGCAUCUCCUACGAUUUGGACGGGGAGGACAGCUACGGGAAAUACCUGAGGAGGGAGACCGCUCAGAUAAGCGAGGCUUUCACAAACUCGGAGAAGUCCCUGCUGGAGCUGGAGGUGAAAUUCAAGCAGAGCCAGGAGGGCGAGUUGAGGGAGGAGCACCGGCUGAGCGACGACUUUCUCAGCAUGAUCGUCCACACCAGAGACGCGCUGAAGGACACGCUGGACGUCUCGUUGGGUCUGAAGGACAAGCACGAGCUCCUGUCGCUCAUAGUCCGCAGCCACGGGACGCGACUGAGCCGACUGAAGAACGAAUACAUGAAGUUUUAAACAGGUAUACUAGGCUUAACGGGCUUUAAAAGAACAAAAGAAGAAGAGAAGAAAUAUGUAUAGCCUGCAGCCUAGUGUGCGUAGUGACAUUAUAUUACAGUGGUUUUAUAUAUGGCCACCAGGCAGAGUUGAAAAGUGGGGUUUCAUAUCAGGGAUAAAAAAAAAAAAAACUGUAUGUAGACUGUUGCCUAAAUCUCAUCAAAAUCUAUGAUAAAUAAAUAAAUAAAUAAAUAAAUAAAUUAUAUAUAUAUAUAUAUAUAUAAAUAAAAAAAAUUCCCCCGUGUUGUCCGGAUGCCGUCUAGUUCAAAAUGACCAUGCCCGAUGACAAUGUGGGGGCUGGGCCCACUAACAUGGUGACGUAGGCCUACUGUACUAGUCUAGUAAGCUAGUUGGGACAGGUGUUCUUGAUAGCCUCUUCAUGAGUCAGACAUAUAAACCGUGUCUUUUCUGACACGUCUCUCAAGAUGAAUGUCUAGAAUAUCAAAAGAAUGUUUACAUGUGUAUUUCCUCACUUAUAAUAUUGGUUUCUUUAGACUAGCUGACUUUGCACAAGUCUUUACUGUUUCUCUUGUUAAAGAUUGUGACAUGGUUUGAUGAUAGGCCUCACACGCCGAUCCACAUAGGCAAUGUAAUCUCGGUAAAUGUACAGUGUGUAAUUUAGUAAAUAAAUACUGUGAGUGUCAAUAUCUUUAUUACAGAACACCUUAAUUUGUAUUCACUGUUUAUAUAGUGUUUUAACGUGGAGCAGCAUAUCUAUUGUUCUCUAUCUUAAAGAAAUAAUACUUUGACAAAUAAGACUGCAGGCAGCACUCGUGGACUUCUAAGUCGAACACUAAUUUGUGUGUCAACAUACCGAACAGGUUGUCUGUCUUCUGAAAUAAAGAGUUUGUGU